AAAAAGUUUCCAACUUUCCACUGCGAUGCUUCUUCCUCUAUGAAGAUCGGGGGGAAAUGUGAAAUGGCUCAUCAUCAUGGAUGAUCCAUAAUCAAAAACGAAUAAUGAAUAAUCAUGUUGAAUAAUUGAAUCAGAAAAAAGAAAAUAAAAGAGAGAAAAAUUCAAAAGAAGAAGAAGAAGAAAGCAACGCUGCAUCAGCAGCACCAUUAUUGUUUUUUCCAUUUCCCCAAGUUGAACAGAGAAAAAGGGAAAGAUUGAGAAAGCGUUCGUCGUGAUGUCUUUCUUCUUCAAAGCCUCUCGGCCGAAAACGCCGCAGGAGGUGGCGAAGGCCAUCAAGGAGAGCCUCAUGGCCCUUGAUACCAAAACCGUUGCUGAAGUUAAAGCCCUUGAGAAGGCUUUAGAGGAAGUUGAAAAGAAUUUUGCAACGAUGAGAACCAUGCUUUCUGGAGAUGGAGAGUCAGAACCAAAUCUGGAACAGGUUUCACAGCUAGUGGAGGAACUCUGCAAGGAGGAUGUUCUGACUCUUAUAAUUCACAAGCUUCCUACACUUGGAUGGGAAGCAAGAAAGGAUUUAGUUCAUUGUUGGACAAUAUUAUUGAAACAUAAGAUUGAUGACAAGCAUUGCUGCGUAGAAUACGUUGAACAACACCUCGAAUUGCUAGACUUUCUUGUUGUAUGUUAUGAUAAUAAAGAAAUUGCCUUGACAUGUGGCACAAUGUUGAGGGAGUGCAUCAAGUUUCAAACACUUGCAAAGUACAUAUUGGAAUCUGCAACCUUUGUGUUGUUCUUUAAAUUUGUAGAGUUGCCUACCUUCGAUGUUGCAUCUGAUGCAUUUUCUACCUUUAAGGAUCUUCUCACUAAGCAUGCAAAUGUAGUAUAUCAAUUUUUGACAGCUCACUAUGAUGAGUUCUUUGAUCUAUACGAGAAACUCUUAACAUCACCUAAUUAUGUCACGAGGAGGCAGUCUUUAAAGCUUCUUUCGGAUUUUCUCUUGGAAGCUCCCAAUUCUCAAAUAAUGAGGAGAUACAUAUUAGAAGUUCGUUACCUGAAAGUCAUGAUGACUUUGUUGACGGAUUCAAGUAAAAACAUUCAAUUAUCAGCUUUCCACAUAUUCAAGGUUUUCGUUGCUAAUCCCAAUAAGCCUCAAGACGUAAAACUUAUCUUGGCGAAGAACCGGGAGAAGCUGGUAGAUCUGCUUCAGAAUCUGUCUCCGGGAAAAGGUGCAGAAGAUGAGCAAUUUGAAGAGGAAAAGGAGUUUAUCAUCAAGGAAAUUGAAAAAAUAUCAGUCUAAUUUAAUACACCUCAGCAGUGUUUGAUUCUGUAACAAGAUUCUUUUUUACUUGUACAAAGCUAAUUUCAUGCAGUGAGCCAGUGACUAUUGCCAUU